AUGCCAGCAGUUACUUCCACUUCGCCAUGGGAGCGUGUCACCGAAUGCUUGAAGUUGGAAAAUGCAUCCUUACGUCGCGAUCUCAAACGGUUCAACAAUGCCAUCCGGGAAGGAGAAAACCUGGGUGAGCCAGCAGAAGCUAUUGAUCUGGAACAUAUGGAAGUGCUUUGCCAUCAGUCUAUGAAAAGAUUACGUGAACUGGAAGUUCAGUGUUUGGAAAUGAAGGCACGAUGGCUUAAACUUAAUCAAAUGUUAACCAAUGAGAAGGCAGAAAUCGCAAGAUUGUUAACGUUCAACAAGCAAUUGUAUAGCGAUAUCGAACGUGCGGUCGCGACGACCAUCAGGUUGAAGAACGAAAUCGCCCGAAAUCGUCAGUUGGUACAAGAAGAACAAACGGCAAUUUCGGAACUUCAACGGAAGCUGGACAUCUACAAAGUCCCACCUACAUACGACUACGCCAACUUAGUGGCCAGUAUGACUAGGUUGGCCAGAGAACGUCUCAUACUGGAGAGGAAGAAGGCUGUGGCUCAGCUCAAGUUAAAAGCACACAAACGGAUAUGGCAUCGGAUGAUAAAGCAUUUUGGUUGAGAGAUCAAUGGUUCCCUUAAUGCUUCCGCAGUUGGAAGAAAAGUGGAAACAUUUUGGACGCAUGUUAUAUGAAGUUCAACAGGAGUGAAUAUUCCUGCCUAUUUUUCGGCCCUUUCCAUUUGGUUGACACCAUUUGCUCCGCUCAUGGAGCAUUGAGAACUCCUUUCCCUUCAUCUCAGACCAUGAGAGCACUCUGUGAUUCUGUGGGUUAUUGGCUACAAGCCAAAUAAAUACCCUGGAACAGA